AGCAACUGGCAACUCGAUUUUAUCUGUCAUUCUCAUCUGGUUGCUCGUGUAAGCGAUCGUUGGGGAUUUUAUUUUUGAUUAUUUUGGCUUUAUUGUUUGAUUUAUCAAAUUGUUGAUUGUUAAGUAACAAGCUCUGACCAUAUCAUUAUAGGAAUACUAUGUCGGUGAUGGAGUUUCUCAAGGAUCUACCGUCGUACGACGAGCACAACUUCACAUUAUUCAAUACGGAUCAUGGAAUUAGAAAUUGUUCUAAAAGACCGUCGAUUUAUUUACCAACUAAGGAUAUACCAUCUGAACAAAUAAUUGUAACAGAAAAAACAAAUAUACUGUUAAGAUAUCUACACCAGCAAUGGGAGAAAAAGAACAACAAUUCACCAAAGAAGCGUGACCAGAGCCACAUUGAACAGAAUGGCGAGGAGAGCCGACCUCGCAAGAGGCCGUGUCUCAACUCCCCGCUCAACUGAAGCCCUGCCAGCGAGCCAGCAGUUAGUUUGUGCUUCAGUUAUAGACUUUACAGAGUGUACUGCAUUUUUGUAUCGAGAUUUGUAUUCCACAUUUUUAGGUCAAAUUAUACAUUGAUUCUCGAAACGCAUUGGUCUCAUGUUUUUUGGGAAGAAUAACACUAUCACAGUCAAGUGCCAUUACAUAGGAAUCUUUGAAUAAGUUCUCAUAAUGUGUGGCUGUAAGUUAUUAUUAUAUUUCAGUGGAAAAUUGAUAAUCAAAGUAUGAAUUAUAUUCAUUCCAUGUUUUAUAAUUAAGUUUUUUUAUUCAACAUAAACCUCUUUGGAGAUUUCAUGUGUUUUUGUAAACACCUGAUGAUAUGAAUAUCAAUAUCAUAACAUUUAACAUCUAAAUUAAGAAUGUGUUCAUAAUUUAAGUGCUGCAGCAAUAAUCUUGAGUUUUGCAAUAUUUGAUAAAGGCUUAGUGAAACCUUAUUUUGUAUAGCAUCAUACUCUUUUAAAGUUUAUUUACAUAGUUUGGAAUAGUAAAAUGUGUUGUAUUGUUUAAAUUGGUAUAUUCUAUUAGCAGAAAGAAUAGAAAGAAAUAUUUUGGUACAAAGGAUACAAAACUGGUUCACCAUCUUAGAUAUUUUCCAAUAGGAAAUUCUCUUUAGUCAGGCACUUGGAAAGAUAGAAUGUCACUAUAAUAGGGGAUGUGUACAAGAUUUUGCCAUGCCUUAGGCGAGAGGAACUGCAAUGAAAAUGCUUAUUGUUAGGAUAAAUAUAUUUAAUUUCUUGGCUUGAUUUAGGUAUUACUUGUAUGGGCAGCGGAUGUGAUUAAUCUGAUUAAAUUCUCAGAGCAGCAACAUUUCAACUGAAGAUCCAUUUGUUAGACUGCAGGAAGUAAAAUGUAAAUUACAUAUUUUCUGAGUUCAAUCUCUUAUUUUAUAAUGUUUACUUUAGUAACUUUGUGAUUUUUAUAUUUAGAACACCUAUCAUUUAAAAAAUUAUGAUGAAUGAGAACAUCCUGGUUCAAAUUGAUUUAAAAUGUUUGAUUGUGUACCAAUGAAGAUGCUUGUGGAGUAGAGUAGUAGUAUAUCUUGAACCAUUUGUCUUCUAAAUUUUAUAAUUAAAAUCCCCAAUAUGCAAGCUAUUAAGUAUGUCUGCUAAUUAUAACGUAAUUCUUCUGUCAUGUGAUUUCUUCAGCCUUGAAUUAUCUAUUUAAAAUUAGCUACUGCCAACCUUUUAGUGAUGUAUCUCUAAAAUAUGUUCAUAAUGAAAUAUUAGGUAUUGUAAAUGAAACAGGUUGGUUUUGCUGUAAAUUGUCUUUGGAGCCUGGCUUGUGGAAAGAUGAUAGCUGAAUUCCUUGUUUUCCUACACAAAAGGUGAAUAAAGUUUUAAAUAUUGUA